CCGGGCCAGGCCGUCGCGCGGUACACUCGAGCAUGACGCACUUCCUGCGCUUCGACAUGAGCUUCCUGUCGCCUGAACGCUGACGAUUACUCAAGCCUAAGGGCGAGAGCCCAGGGCCGGAGCGGCGGAACGGCGAGCGUGAGUGCGAGAUGCCGGCGCCGCCCGACGCGCCCACCGCGCCCGCGCCCGACCCCGCGUCCGCGCCCGCGCCCGCCUCCGCGUCCGUCUCCGCCAACACUCCCACCCCGCAGCAACCCGUGCACAACAGCCACAAGACACGGUCCAUGGUAGUGUCACUAACACCGGAGCGGCAGCGUGAGACCUGGGCGAAGAAGGCAGAGUUCCUGCUCGCGGUGGUGGGCUUCGCCGUCGACCUCGGCAACGUAUGGCGCUUCCCCUACAUCUGCUACCAAAACGGCGGUGGGGCCUUCCUCAUCCCCUACUGCGUGAUGCUGCUGUUUGGAGGUCUGCCGCUGUUCUUCUUGGAGCUGGCGCUGGGGCAGUACCACCGCUGUGGCUGCCUCACGCUCUGGAAGAGGAUCUGCCCGGCUUUGAAAGGUGUGGGGUACGCAAUCUGCAUGAUAGACAUCUACAUGGGCAUGUACUACAACACCAUCAUCGGCUGGGCGGUGUACUACCUCAUCGCCUCGCUCGCUUCCAUCAACUCCGUGCUUCCUUGGACCAGCUGCGAUAACGAGUGGAACACCCCUCUGUGUAUGCCUGUCACAUCUCCUCAGAUCAAUCCCAACGCUACGACGCCUGCUAAAGAGUUUUUUGAGCGAAACGUACUAGAACAGCAGAGGUCCAACGGCUUGGAUGACAUGGGGCCGAUCAAACCAUCUCUUGCACUUUGCGUCUUCGGUGUCUUCGUUCUGGUUUAUUUUUCUCUGUGGAAGGGAGUUCGAAGUGCUGGUAAGGUGGUAUGGGUAACAGCAUUAGCACCUUACGUGGUUCUCCUAAUUCUGUUGGCGAGAGGGGUGACGCUGCCCGGAGCAACUGAAGGCAUCCGAUAUUACCUCACACCAGAAUGGCACAAGUUACAGAACACCAAGGUGUGGAUCGACGCAGCGUCUCAGAUCUUCUUCUCGCUGGGGCCCGGGUUCGGCACGCUGCUGGCGCUGUCCAGCUAUAACAAGUUCCACAACAACUGCUACCGGGACGCGCUCAUCACGUCUUCCAUCAACUGUCUCACCAGCUUCCUCGCCGGCUUCGUUAUCUUCUCGGUUUUAGGUUACAUGGCACACGUUCAGAACAAAAGUAUCGAGGAAGUGGGGCUGGAAGGUCCGGGGCUGGUGUUCAUCGUGUACCCAGAAGCCAUCGCCACCAUGACCGGCUCCGUCUUCUGGGCGAUCAUCUUUUUUCUUAUGCUCAUCACUCUUGGAUUGGACAGCACUUUCGGAGGUCUGGAAGCGGUGACGACGGCGCUAUGCGACGAGUACCCUCGCGCGUUGGGCCGACAUCGAGAGCUGUUCGUCGCGGGUCUCCUGCUGUUCAUCUACAUCUGCGCUCUUCCGACUACCACAUACGGUGGUGUAUACUUGGUAGACCUCCUCAAUGUGUAUGGUCCAGGCCUGGCGAUACUGUUCGUGGUGUUCGCGGAGGCAGCGGGAGUGUGUUGGGUGUACGGGGUGAACCGGUUCUCGGAGGACGUUCGAACCAUGCUCGGGCACACGCCUGGGUGGUUCUGGAGAGCAUGCUGGUCUUAUAUUAGCCCGGUAUUCCUUCUGGUGCUGUUCGUGUUCUCGGUGCUUGCACAUGAAGAGAUGCUGGGCUCGAAUGACUACGUGUACCCGCGCUGGUCCAUCCACGUGGGCUGGCUGAUGACGGGCACCACGGUCUCCUGCAUCCCUCUCUACAUGCUAUACAAGUUCAUCAUCACACCCGGCAGCUUCGUAAACCGAGUGAAAACGAUGAUAAGGCCCGUGGAGACCUCGAUACCGCCAACAGACCACGCCCUGAGCAGCCUGUGACCUGACCCCAACCAUAUUAUCCACUACAAGUCCUUCUCCCACGCGCUGGAAACCAAACCUCCUACCAUAGAAUGGCUAGUUUAAACUUAUGAAUAGUCGACCAACACCAUAAAAUUGCUUUACCGUUUUUAGCAACAACUUCCAGUAAAUAAAUGUUUUAAUAAGGUUCCAACUUUUAUAAAAUUAUACGUCUUUGUAAAUGAAAAUGGACCCUGUAGUUUUAUGACGUGUAAAUGGUAUUCGACUUAGAUGGUAAAGAAAUUUUAUGGUCGAUGUUAAUUUAAAAGUAUAACUCUUUUAUAGUGCAGGUUCUAUAAAGUCUAGGGGCAGGUCUUACAAAUUUUGGCGUAAGCCUGAAUUAGGAGAUGUUGGUUUUUCAGGCUUUCUUGGUUGUCACACAAGCUAUAGCCUAGGUUGGGUGACUAACCUCUUUUAUAAAGGUGUUUGUACUUACUUAAAAUACUAUUCAAUAAUCUUCUGUAAAGAUUGGGUUAAAUAAUAGCUUAAAAAGCUGUAUUAAAGGAAACAAAUCGGAUAAACUGUAAGGUAUAUACUUGUUUUUAUACCAUACUUAUUUGUUAUCAAUUAUUACAAAAAUCAUUGCUAAUUUUGAGAAAAAUGUAUCUAAAUAAAAUAUCGUGAUUGCAUAUUGUUGGUUCGCACAAUAUAUUAUUACAUAACUAUAUUUAAAAUAAGUUAAGGAAUGUAAUCUGUUUUAUAAUGUGUAAUAUAUUAAGUACAUUAUAUACAAUUUAUGAUUGUACUAACUUAAAUAACCAUUUGAAUAAUGGUGCGGCUCUCAAGAUGGUAAACCUUUUCUAGUCAUAUCGAAUAUAAAUAAAUCUUAUUUAUGUAUCUUAAUAUGUUCGAAAUAGGAAUAUUUUAAUCAUAAUAAGGAUAGGAACAAUUAAUAUUCUCCUAACUAAACCAACUCGCAUAAUAUAUAGCUAAUCGUAUUUGUAUUAGAUAGAUAAGUAUGUUCCAGAAAAGUUAUUAAUAUUAACUUAAACUUAUUUUUAAGUAGGUACCUAUACCUAGUAGUCGUAUAUUGAGGUCUACUGAUAAAAUAUGUCUAUAAAGAAGUCGGUUAGUUACGGAUUUCCUUGUAUAGUUGAAAAGUUAUAUUAUUAAAGAAGGUAGGGAAUAUUAUAUUCAAUGCGUAGGUGAAAAACUUUAAUACUCCAUUUUGUAGUGAUAAACAACGAAAACAUAGCUUGUAUAUAAUAUAAUAUAUAUUUAUAUAAUAGUGGAUAAUUUGUAAAUAUAUAAAAACAUGCUGGUCAGACUAUAAAAUAAAUACUUGCUUGCUUUAUGUUUAGAAUAUUAAAUAUUUUAAACCGUAGCAACUCUACAUUCUCGCUCAAAAUAUACCUAUGAGGCAGAAUGAGACCGACAUUUUCAGGUAAGUAAUCAAAAAAGUUUUUGGUAUGACAAUUUAGAUACAAAAAAAAGUUAUAUCGCUUAUUUACCUGUGUAUGGUUAUUAUGUUUGCGUAUUAUGCCUAUUAAGGCUACUUUUUAGUUUUGCAUUAAUGAAAUUUCUGUAUUCUAGGGCAAUGAAUACAGAAAUGUUUAUUAAAUAAGUAUAAUUAUAAUAAUAAAUGAUGUUGUAAAUAUAUUACAAGGUACUUGUUGUUAAGAUUUUGACGUAGCUUAGCUGUUGUUCUUACUAGUAAACGUAGCUUUGAUGAUUCGCUCAUAAAAAAAUGUAGUAGGUAGUGGAAGUAGCUAAAAUAUAAAGUUAGAUACUUGGUAUAAUCGAACCGAAUCCCAAAAUAAUUUUUCAAACUCGUUUACAACAAUGGGUGUUUUACUGGACUGUAUAAAAACUGAGAUUAUACACACUGUUACCUAAUUACUUGUUACAACACUAACAAUAAAACCAUCUAUGAUUAUAAAUGCUUUUACUCAUAGCAAUGAUUAGUAGAAAUCUCUUACAUCCGAUCAAAAUGAUCUAGAUUAACGUGUUACCUAAAUAACAGGUAGAUAUUAUAUAACGUACUUAAAUAUCUUUGAUUCUAAAACAUAUCUACCUAUACUUAGUUGAAUUGUGUGAAUUGUUGUACGUACGUAAUGUUGCUGUGUUAUUAAGUGUUUUUAUAAAAAAAAAAUAUAAUAGGUAGUUCUAGUUCAUAUACCCACAAGUGUUGCCAUAUUGUAUGAAAUAAUUUUCUUCCGUGAUUAAGUAUAUUAGUUGAUUUAUAUGAUAAGUUCUAUUCCCAUGAUAUUAUGUAGAUGAAUGUUGUGUGUUAUGUAUUGUAAAUCGUCAUAGAUUGUGUCUAAUAUUAAUAUACCUACCUAUGUAUAAAUAAAUCGCAAAUGAGUAGAUGCGUCCUGUGCCAGCCAUUACAGGUCCGUCUGGACAUUUGUU